GGCGAUAAUCUGAUUAAAAAAAUAAAUAGUAAAUACGUCUUGUGACUCGACUUGUGUUGUGUUGGAAUUGUUUUACACGCCACCGUCUAUAUUGUUUUUUUUUUAAGUCUAAUAGAGUUGGAACUUGACUUCAUUCUAUUCGCAUUUCACUUGCAUCAUGGUAGACGUUCAGGACUUAGUCAAAAAUAAUUUUGCGUGGCACAAUAACAAUGGAUACAAAUCCGGAAAAACGUAUAAUUUACUAAAUUAUUUUACGAAUCUGGAUGAUUCGCGGAAAAAUUAUCUGCAUUAUCAAAUGACCAAACCAUUAACUGUUCAGACUCAAAAUGAUUCACCGUGCAAGAGUGACUCUCCUCAACCAUUUUAUCAUAUGCAUCAGGAUUCAGUCAUUACACAAAAUUCAAGUCCUAUACCGGUCAGAUUUAGUCCUCGUAUGGGUUCCAAUGCUAUAAACUAUGCUCGUUCAUCAGCAAGCAUUCGUGUAUCAUUAUCUUCUAAUAUAUCAUCUAUCAGUAGUUCUAAUAUUGAACAGUCCAUUACCAAGAUAAGUGCGAUGUUUCCAACAGCAACCGAGACGCAUAUUAGAGCCUUAUUAAACAAGUAUCACAAUAGAGAAGCUGUCGUCAUAAGUGCUUUACAAGUGGAAAAACAUCCAAUAGCUACGCCAGGACCAUAUACACCACCACCGAUUAACCGUCAUUAUAUGUCCCAAACAAACCAAUCGCCUACAACAAGUCCUUCACCCAAACCCGUUCAUUAUUCUCCUAAAAUGAAAUUAAGAUAUUUGAAAAGUGUGUUCCCCGUGGUAGAAGAAACCGUUCUUUUAGAUACGUUAUGUGGAGCUGACAACAAUGUUAACCAAGCUACAGAAACAUUACUAACUAUGGGCUUCAAUAAAGGUCUUGACUUUACAAGUAUAGUGCCUCAGCUGCCGAGAGUUACGCUAAUAAACAAUGAAAGCGACUACGAUGAUGAUGACAUAUUUUGGUUGCGAAGAAAAGCGUUGCCAAACCAAUUUGACAAAAUUAAUUCAACUUGUCCAUCCAAGCCAGUAACGACGACAACGACGGUUGAAAUAAAAACUCCAGUUAAAAAAAUAACUGCUGCUGAAGAAUUGAAAAAAAAAGAAUUGCUACAAAAAAAGUAUGAGAGCCUAGAAGAAAAAAUUAUUGUUUUUGCUCUGGAAAGUACCGAUUACAAUGAACAAUUGGCCGAUCAAAUUUUGAAAAAUCAUUUAGCCAAUGAAUCAGAAUUAAACGACUCCAACAGAAACCUAAAUCAUACUAAUAUCACAAUUGGCAAGAAUGUAUCGUUGUGCGAAGAAAUUAAAGUAAAAGAAAAUGAUAUGACCGACUCUGCGUACUGUGAGAAAAAGUCCGAUACAAAUUUGAAACAAGACGCUAAAAAUGUACCAAAAAGUGGCUUAGCCAAAGGACCCAAUAAAAAUUUAUUAAGCAAAAAAGAUUCGACUUGCAACACUACAGUGAAAACCGGGAUUAAAGCUAAAGGACCGAACAAAUCGCUAUUGAGCAAAAUUCAAUCAUUGGCCAGAGGACCAAACAGUGAUUUAAAAAAAGGUCCAUCCAAAGGAUUAGCCAAGGGUAGUAUAUUUCAGAGACUGUUCAAAAAAUCAACUCCUUAAAAGAAAAUGUUUUUAAACUUACUAAUCAUUAAUAUUGAAUUAUGUAAUUUCUCCCUAGAGUUUAUCAUUAUAAGUAGUGUUAUAACCGAUAGGACUAUGUUACGUCCAAAUACAUUUUAAUUAUCAAUAUUUAAAAUUACAUUUUUUUUUUGUUUAAUGUUAAAUUUAUUACAUUAUUCUAUGUUGUAAAUUACAUUUUGUACUUGGUGUAUUCUAAUUACUACGAUAAUUAAAUUAAAAUUAAUAUAAUGCAGUUUUAUAGGUACAAAUGAAGUUCUGAUAAUUAA